GUGCGUGGGAAACCAGGUGUAACCUGAGGAGGCGGGCGCGGCCGGCCGAAAGGAGCUCAGUUUUCCUGCGGAACUUGCUGAGCAGCUUGAGAGAAGAGGGGGAAGAAGAAAGGGUGAAGUGAAGACACGGAGACCGGAGCGUCGCCCGCACCUAUUUGCCUUGCCGUCUACCUGCUUUCUGACAUCGCGGACGAUGGGAUUUCUUUCUAGGGCUGCUUUCCUUCUGGGAGCGCUUUUGGCGCUCGCCGCUACGGUGUGGAGCCAAGAUGGAUGUAGCUGUGAGAUGAACAAACGGACAACAAAUUGUUCUAUUGCUAAUGGUAUAUGCCAGUGUAAAUCAAUUGGACUUGAUAUCACAGUGAACUGUCGGACAUUGACUUCAAAAUGCCUAUUGAUGAAAGCAGAAGUGACUGGCUUAAAAUCAGGUAGAAGUCAAAGACCAGCAGAAGCAUAUGUAGACAAUGAUGGCAUAUAUGAUCCAGAAUGUGAUGCAAAGGGCAACUUCAAACCUAAACAGUGCAAUGGAACAAAGACUUGCUGGUGUGUGAACAGUGCUGGAGUACGAAGAACUGACAAAAGUGAUCAAAAUAUUACAUGCCAAGAAGUAGUAAGGACAAGCUGGAUUAUUAUUGAAGCAAAGUAUCUUGACAAUAAUGCAGGCUCAGGCAAAGAUUCUAUUGAAAGUACUAUUGGAAAAAACUUUAAGGACCGUUACCUUUUGGAUGAAAAGCAUGUAAAAGUUAAAUAUGUGGAACCUUUAAUUAGUGUCCAUCUCAAACAAAAUGCUUCAGAAAAAGGAAAUACUGAUGUGGAUAUAGCUGAUGUAGCAUACUAUUUUGAGAAAGAUGUCAAAGGAGACACAAUUUUUAAUGCAGAAUAUGGAAUGAAUGUUGCAAGUAAACCUCUUCGAUUUGAGAACACAGUAAUAUAUUAUGUUGAUGAAAAAGCACCAGAGUUUUCGAUGAAACGUUUGACUCCUGGAGUUAUUGCUGUAAUUGUGGUUGUAGUCCUGGCAAUAGUGGCUGGUAUUCUUGUACUGAUAUUUACGCGAAGAAAGAGGGGCAAGUAUGAAAAAGCUGAGGUAAAGGAAAUGAAUGAAAUGCACAGAGAACUAAACUCGUAACAUAUGUAACAUGAAAUGAAAGGAAGACUGGUAAAUGAAUGAAAUUUGACAUAAGAGAAUAUCAUGGACUGCUACUUUGUAAAAAAAAAUGUCUGAAUCUUUAAGCAAUCUUUCUACUAAACUGGCAUAUUACUGCAUUUUGAAGCUAUAAAGAUUCUAUUAAAAGUCAUAAUUAGUCUAAACAGAUCAGUGGCAUUCCUUUGUCACUAUUUCUGAUGUAACUUAGUAAUGUCCUUUUGGAUGUCUUGAAGUAUCUGAUAAUUUUUAUGUCUAGGCUGCCAAGUUACUCUUUUGAAUACAAGAGUGUAUGUUUGUAUAUAUUCACAUUUAAUCAUUUUUUUACACACAGUGAAUUUUAAUAAAGUUAUAAAUGUA